GAAAAACCGAAAUGAUAUCCUUAUUUUGAGGUAUGUGUAAGCGUAAUUACGUUUUUCAAUUCUUUGGUUAACUCAUACUAUUAAUGGUGUACAAAUUUUGCAGAAAUGUGUAGGGGCCAUUGAUUGUACUCAUGUAGCAGCCUCAACACCCGCUUCCAAACAAAAGACAUUUCGCGGUAGACAUUCAGCGGUGACUCAAAAUGUCAUGGCGGCUUGUAGUCAUGACAUGUUGUUUACGUAUGUAUAUGCGGGUUAGGAGGGAACGUGCAAUGACUCUCGAGUAUUUUUAGAUGAAAUUACAAGAAGUGAAAAUGGGUUGCCCAUGCCUCCUAUCGGUUAUUACUAUGUUGUUGAUGCCGGCUAUCCAAAUGUUCCGGGUUUUUUAGCCCCAUACCGUGGAGAGAGUUAUUACUUAAAUGAUUUUCGAGGCCGAGGACGAAUACGCAAUAAGCAAGCUUUAUUUAACUACCGACACUCGUCCUUGCGUAAUGUGAUCGAGAGGUGUUUUGGAGUACUAAAGGAAAUAUUUCCCAUUCUAGACAUACCACGUGGUUACCCAUUGAGAAGACAAGUUCAAAUUCCCAUAGCUUGUUGUGCAUUGCAUAAUUUCAUUCGCAUGCAAGAUAAGCACGACUGUUUGUUCAUGGAGUACGAGGAAGAGGAUAUGAUAUUUGGCACGACGGCAAGUACAAGUGAAAAUGAAUCCCUCGAAUUUAAUGUCUCGACAACAACAAAUGCAUGAAAUUCGAGAAAGUAUUGCGAAUGCAAUAUGGGAUGAUUACAAUGUAUGAGAUGUUGAAGUACG